CAUUCUCUUUGAAAAAAUUUCUCCUCUACCUGUCAAAGAAAAGUUGGCCAACAACCAAAAAGGGUCUGAAAAUUUAGGUCAGGUGAUGGAGAGGCUCAACUCUAACUUGUACCUGCAGAACUGCUACAUAAUAAAGGAGAAUGAGAGGCUAAGGAAGAAAGCCCAGCUCCUUAACCAAGAGAACCAGGCUCUGUUAUCUGAACUCAAGCAGAAGCUCUCAAAGUCCAGCACAAGCCCAACGAACGCUGGGCCCAACAACAACUCCAACAAUGCUAGUAGCAGCAAAUCUUAAUCAGCUGACAUAAUCAUAAAAUGUAGCUUGGACUUUUUUGGAUGUUUUAUGUUACUCUUAAUUUAGUGUAAUAGCUAUAGCUAAGUUGAAGGAGCUUAGUGUCGUGGUUUGGGUCUUUUAUAUAUGAAAAUAUAUGUAAGCUCUACUAGCUUCUUUGUUUGCUUCUAUAUGUGCUGUUUCACUUUGUUAACAAAAAGGGGAAUUCAUCUG